UUAAGACUUGCUGUUUUACAAAUAAUUAAUUGAACAUGCAAUGAUGCUUAACAUGUGGUUAACAUGAGAAUGAGAUAAGAUUUCAACCAAAUUGAAUUUCUCGGCCUUUAAUAAAUCCAGACAAUACAUAUAUUGUUAUUUAUGUGAUUGAAAGGCAGUACGAAAAAACUUAAACAAGCAGAAUCGGCGCCAUCUUGUUCUCACAUUUGCCAAUAGCCACUCCACGAAAAUACCGAGUCUAGAAAUUUUUAUAGUGAAGGGUCAAAUGUUGUUUGAUUGUUUUAAAACAUAAAUAUGUAUUCAUUUUAAAAUUAAUAAUAUUCUAAUAAUUGUACUUCGUUAUUAAGUAACUAUAUUGUAAAAUUUACUAUUGUUUAAUUUUUAUAAGUUAUUGAAAUAUAGUGUUUAAAGGGAGAAAAUAUUAAAAGAUCGCCCUUUAAAUAAAAUAUUAUGAUCUCGAGUUUUUUUAGUAUUUAAUUGUGGAUGAAAUCAGUUUAAAAUGAGAUGCUGUGUCACCGGUUGUAAGAAUGACUCUAGGAAUUUAUCUAAAUCUCAAGGAAUCACUUUUCAUGUGUUUCCGAGUGAGCCGUCUCUACGUGCAGCUUGGCUUCAGGUGUUAUGUAAAGAUGGAUGGGAGCCUAAGGAGAGGAGUGCAGUGUGUUCAAAACACUUCCUAGCUGAAGACCUAUAUGAGACUCAGAGUGGUCUGCGUAAGGUCAAAGCUGGAGCAGUACCAUUUUUUGAAACAACAAUGAGCUGCACAUUCCGCGGUACUGAGACUUUAAAGGCGUGUCGAAUAUGCCUAUUGACAUGCGGGAGGUUCUACUCCUUACAAACUGAAGAUCUGAGGCAGGCCUAUGAGAACCUAACGGGGAUACAGGUGACGGAAGAUGACGGUCUGCCUGUCCACCUGUGUCCAGAGUGCUCGGUGCGGCUGCUAAACGGAGACAGGUUCAGAAGGAGGGCGCUCCGGGCCAACUCGCUCCUGCUAGGGGUGCUUCGGAGUGACUAUGUGCUGACCACAGACUCGAUUAAUAGGAUAGACAGAGCCGCGGAGAAGCUAACCUCGAACCUGACUUGUGACGUAACGCAUUGUGACGCGGACCCCGGGCUCGCCGCCCCCAGCUGCCGGGUCUACCUGCAGGACGACGCCGAGCUGGAGCCGGAGGAAACCAAGUACGACGUGCAGGGUGGUGACGUCACAGCUGACGUAGACACCCAGGAAUACGUGAUUGUGAAGAGCGAUCAGGUCGACGACGGGUUCUCGUCCGACGACAACCUGCCCUUGGAGGCCGCUAAGCUGAAGGUGAAACAGGAGAAGGUGAAGAAGAAGCCGAAGAAAGAGUCGAAGGAGCCGAAGGUGGACCGCAGGAGGAAGCCGUUCAUGAACGCCGAGCUGAGCGACACGCUGUUCACGACCACGCAGCUCAGCGUCGAGGAGCAGGUCGCCGAGAUACACAAGCGCAAGGAGGGCUCCAACUACCGCAACGGCGUCUUCAAGUGCGACGAGUGCUUCAAGGGGUUCCAGGACGCGGACGCGUACAGCAGCCACAUGACGCGACACACAGACCAAUGCGGCGACCACCAGUGCCUGGUCUGCCGGAUCUACUUCAGGAACCAGCACGCGCUUCGGAAGCACAUGACCGCGCACCACUCGAGCCGGUUCAGCUGCAAGCAGUGCCCCUUCGUCACCAACCACCGGCAGACGGCGCGCCUGCACGAGCGCUGGCACUGCGGCACCAAGUACCGCUGCCCGCACUGCCCCGAGGAGUUCGUUAAGUUCACAACCUACAUGGGUCACCUUCGGAUCAAGCACCCGUCGGACUUCGUCUGCGAACUCUGCGGCUACUGCUUCGUCAGCGCCAAGGGGAUAAUGCUGCACAAGCAGCUGAAGCACAGGCUGGAGGACGGCAAGGUGCCGGAGAAGGGUCCGUACUGCGAGCAGUGCGACGUGCGCUUCGUGUCCCCGGACGCUUACGACCGCCACAUGAUCGUCUCCGCCAAGCACAGCACAGAUACGAAGCGCGCCGCCAACAAGGCGAAGAGCCGGCGGCCGAACGACGCGGCCCCGCGCGCCCGCCGCCCGCCCCCCGCGCCCGGCGCCAGGCCCGACGGACCCAUACCCUGCGAACAGUGCGGCCUCCAGCUGGACGACCCGCGGGCCUACCACAAGCACUUCAGGCGGAUGCACCCGGACAAGAACCGGACCAACUACCCGUCGAUGAAGACGCCGUGCAUGUGCGAGGUGUGCGGGCGGAUGUUCCAGAGCCAGGCGCUGCUGAACGACCACCGCUGGGUGCACACCGGCGAGAAGCCGUUCAAGUGCGAGGUCUGCGACAAGACGUUCCGCAUGCGGCAGCGGCUCAUGACGCACCGCCGCGUGCACAGCCGCGACCGCGCCAGCUACGGCUGCGCGCUCUGCGGGAAGCACUUCUCCUCGCAGAGCAACAGGCAGAGGCACAUGUUCAUCCACACCGGCCUCAAGCCGUACAAGUGCGAGAUGUGCGGCAAGGGCUUCAAGCACACGAGCGAGAAGCGCGCCCACAUCACGUACGUGCACCUCAAGAAGCCCUGGCCGAAGCGCAGCCGGAGCAAGCGGCGGACGGACAACAGGACCGCCACACUGCAAGCUACGGACCCCCCGGAACUGGACAUGGGGCAGCCGAUAUGGCCGAAUUGCGAACAAAAACUAAAUGAAAUGAAUCUAAUCGAAGACAAACCUAUGUAUUAUAAUAUUAAAAUAUAAAUUAAUGAUAA